AUGUUGAAAAGUACAAAUAUAAGACUAAAUAUUGUACGUUCUAUAUCAGGAACCUCGAAAACCCUUCCUAAUAGUCAACUUCCACCUGCAUAUACGUUAGCCACACUAAGAGUAUUUCCUUCACUUGAACCAUUGUCAUGUAUACCUAUCUCUACAUCGGUGUUGGGAGUACCAUUAAGGCGUGAUAUCCUAUGGCGUGCCGUUGUUCAUGAAAAUGAUAACAGACGUGUUGGUGCAUCUAAUCCUCCUGGUAGAAGUGAAAACGGUUACUCUAGACAUAAAAUUCUACCACAAAAGGGAUCCGGUAAUGCAAGAGUAGGUGAUGCUAAUUCGCCAACAAGACAUAAAGGUGGUGUUGCUUUAGCGAGAAACGCACCAAAUGACUAUACCACAGAUUUACCAAAUAAAGUAUAUCAUUUGGCCUUUAGAACUGCAUUAAGUCACCAAUAUAAAGAAGGAAACUUAUUUAUAAUAGGUAAUAUGAAUUCGAUAAAACCGACUAGUGAAACGGAUUCCAAUAAACUUGAUAUAGAGAUAAAUGAUGGGAAAACGAAACCAAAUUUUAGCAGUGUAAUGUUUAAGAAAUUCUUAAAAGAGCAUGAAUAUGAAGGGAAGAGACUAUUAUUUAUCACAUCAGACACAAGACCAGGUUUAUUGAAAUAUACUGACAUGUACAAAAAUAGAGUAGAUGUCGUACAACAAGAAGGUGUUGAGGUUAAUGAUUUAUUAAAAGCAAGUAAAAUAUUUAUUGAAGAAGAUGCUCUAAAGUAUCUAGCAGAGGAAUUUACUGCAUUGUCCACAUGA